AUGGCGGAGAUUAAUCAAACAAAAUGUGAUUUGGCUUUUCAAAUAUCUUAUCAUCCGAUUUAUCGUUUAGCACAGUUUUGGACACUUUCUGUUUCAUUAUUAGCCGUUCCUUCUUUGUUGUAUUUUUUGUUAAAACGGGUAUUAUUGCUCCCAUUUCAUGGAAAUCUGAAAUGCUUAUUAAUUACAUAUUUUUCAAGCAUUUUUCUAUACGCUUUGGUUUUAUGCUUUGAUUUUAGCUAUCAGUGUUUGAUUCCAUUCAUUGUCACAACAAAAUGCAGCUUGAUUAUUGACCAAACUCUGUACAAAUGCGGUCACAUGACGUCAUUAUUCUUUUUGACAACACCUAUGUUACUUCCUUUUGGCUUUUCGAUUGAAAGAUUUGUAGCAGUUGGAAUGGCUUAUAAAUAUGAGAAAAUGAGAACACUAUUGGGGCCUAUUCUGUGCUUUAUUCUUGUUGCUCCAAACUUUGUCGUAUUUUAUUUUUUGUUUCGAGAUGAACAAUUCACGGAUUCUUUCAUCUCGUUUUUAGUUCUCCCAAAUACACCAGCGGUUCAAUUUAAUAACUAUCUUUGGUUCUUGCUUUAUGCAAAAAUUGGAAAUUUUUGUUGCAAUUGUGUGCUCUUGAUAUUUCACAAAAGAUUUAAAAAUACAUACUUGAAAAAGAAAACUUCAUUAUCAGUUAGAUAUGCAUUGGAAGAAAUAUCAAAUUCAUCGAAAUUCACAUUAAUUCUCACAUUCACCCAUCUUGUUUUCUUUGGAGCAUACACUAUUGGAAGUAUUCUAGUUCGAACUCUUGGUGAAUCUUUUUUCGGAAACUUUCUCAAUUUCUAUGUUGCAAGAGGUGUAAAUUGUGCAGUUCCGACAUAUAAUUUAUUGAUCGCUUUUGUUGGAUUAAUAUCUCUUCGACAGUUGAAUUCAAGAAGACAUGCAAAAAUCUUGACAAAAGUUUUAAUAAGAGUGACAGGGCAGGAAGGUGCUAGGAAUUAUGAUGAUAUUAUUAUGCAGCAGUGGAAUACUGUCUCCAACAGAACUCGUUAA